GGCCCCGCCUCCGCCUCGGCGCCUCCCUUGGAAAUAAUAAACCGGACUCGGGAAGCGAAGGCGGAAGAGAUCCUCGGUACUGGUUUUAGGUUCUAACUAACUCCUCAUCUUCAAGAAUUUUUUUUUUGUUUUUUGGUAUUAACAUGAGAGGCAUAAGAGGAAAAGGAAAAAGUAAUAAAGAGCAUCGUCAUCUCUCGUCUUUCUCCCUCCUCCGGCUCCGAGAAGAAACACAAGUAUCAGAAACGAUACACGACCGCUGAUGGCGAAUCUUCCCCCAGCACUUUCGCUCAACCCUCCUUAUGGCGGUCCCAGCGCUUCUUCCGUUAACGCAAACGCUGUUCAGGCCAGCAAAGACCGGAAGAUGGCCUCGGCCGAGCAGUUGGUGCUUGAGCUCAGUAACCCUGAUCUCAGAGAAAAUGCUCUUCUUGAUCUCUCCAAGAAGAGGGAAAUAUUUCAAGAUUUAGCACCAUUAUUAUGGAAUUCUUUUGGUACCAUUGCUGCACUCUUACAGGAAAUAGUGUCCAUAUAUCCUGUUUUAUCACCACCAACCCUUACUCCAGUUGCAUCAAACCGAGUUUGCAAUGCACUUGCUCUUCUUCAGUGUGUGGCUUCUCAUCCAGAUACCAGAACUCUAUUCUUGAAUGCACAUAUUCCUUUAUAUCUAUAUCCUUUCCUUAACACUACAAGCAAAACAAGACCUUUUGAAUAUUUGAGGCUUACCAGUUUGGGUGUUAUUGGUGCACUUGUAAAGGUUGAUGAUACGGAAGUUAUCAGUUUUCUUCUCUCAACUGAAAUAAUUCCCUUGUGUUUGCGCACGAUGGAGAUGGGUAGUGAACUUUCGAAAACAGUGGCUACAUUUAUUGUUCAAAAAAUACUGUUGGAUGAUGUGGGGCUGCGUUAUAUUUGUGCUACAGCAGAGAGGUUUUUUGCUGUAGGCCGUGUGUUGGGAACCAUGGUUAACUCACUUGCUGAACAACCCUCAUCUCGGCUACUAAAGCAUAUCAUUCGGUGUUACCUUAGACUAUCUGAUAAUCCAAGAGCUUGUGAAGCAUUAAGAAAUUGUCUGCCUGAAAUGCUAAGAGAUGCAACCUUCAGUAGUUGUCUUCGUGAAGAUCCAACAACAAAGCGUUGGCUGCAACAACUGAUUAAUAAUGUGGCAGGAGGAAACCGGGCUGCAGCAUAUCAAACUGGCGGAGGACUAGAACAUAUGCUAGGAAAUUAGAUAAGUUUAGCAACAUUGUUCUAACUGCAUUUCUUAUUGCUUCUGGCAGACCUCAACUGUGUUGGCUAUACAGGUCUGUGACAAUUGGCCAUACAGGGAAGGCAGAGUACCAUAUGAAGACUCCAAGUAUUUACCUCUUUUUUAUUUAUAGAUCUAUCUGUUGUAAGCUUUUGACAUAUUGGCACAGUUUCCAUAUUUGUAAGUUUGAUCCCCUCAUGUAAUUCUGUAUUUGCUGCUUACAAGUUGUAUUGAUUGAUACUCAAAAAGAUGGUUUAUGAUUAUUUAUCCCUGCCGUUCCUUGGACAAUUCCUAUGCGGAAUGUA